GAUUAAUAUUUUCUUUUUAAGGUAAAAGUAGGUAAUGAGAUUACUACUGGAACAGGCCCAAACAAGAAAAUAGCUAAAAGAAAUGCAGCAGAAGCAAUGUUGCUACAGCUGGGUUACAAAGCCUCUACUCCUCUUCAAGACCAGACAGAAAAGCUUGGAGAAAACAAGAGUUGGAACGGACAGAAUGUUGGGUUUCCUGAGCCAACAAGUAGCACACCAAAGGGAAUACUCCAUCUCUCUCCUGAUGUUUAUCAAGAGAUGGAAGCAAGCCGCAACAAAUCAGCCCCUGGUACCACUGUAAGCUAUUUGUCACCCAAAGAAAUGAGCCAGACUUCUAGCUCUUUCUUCAGCAUAUCUCCUACAACAAAUAGCACAGCUACAAUUGCCAGGGAACUUCUCAUGAAUGGAACAUCCCCGACUGCCGAAGCCAUAGGUCUAAAAGGAAUAUCUCCUGCUUCCCCCUGUUCUGCAGUGCAGCCUUCAAAACAGCUGGAGUAUUUGGCAAGGAUUCAAGGCUUUCAGGUACACUACAAUGAUAGACAAAAUGGCAAAGAGUGUAUGACCUGUUUGACACUGUCUCCUGUGCAGAUGACUUUCCAAGGUAUCGGAAGCUCCAUUGAAGCCAGCCAUGACCAGGUAUAAUACCUUCACCCACACUCCUGUACUUUUAUUAAUAUCUAGUAAGGCUAGAAUGCCAGCAUUAGUAAAUUUAUACAUAGACACGUCUUUUGGUUUUUGUAUGGCAUGUUUGUCAAUGGGAUUUGCCUAUCUCACCAUAGUAAAAUCCUGAAUCUCUAAAGAAUUCCUGAAAAGGAGGCAGAACUAUGUUCCCUUUUACAGAUUCUUAAGACAUAUUAGGAAAGCCUGAAGAACUUGCUUUGUUUUUGUAGUCAGAUGUAAGGUUUCUGCAAAGGUCUUGUUUUAUUUUAAAUAUGUAUCACUUCUUGUCUAUCUUAUUUUUACUGGAAGAUUGUGAGUAGCUGGGAAAACACGGAGGUGAAGCCGUCAUCUCUAGCCAUCAUCUGUCACAAGAAACUGUCAUUUGAGAGGGAAAAGGGAUUUUCAGUCAGGCUGUAUAAAACUCCCAUUUUGUUUGGCUAUUGUUAAAAUGUUUAAUUCAAGCUUUGGGCGAACAGCCAAGAGAAAAAAAUGUCACUCAUCACCCUACUGCUUCCGAUGGGAACUGAGGGGGACUUCCAUGCUACUCCUUUCGUCCUCCAUUGCUCUUAUGUGUAAGAACAAGAUAAGACACUAACACUGCACAAAUUUUCGAAGGAAAAAGGAAACAAGUACAAGAAAAUUUUAAACUGCACCUUGCACCUUUUAGAUAUUUCGUAGAUUGGAAAAAGUACCAUUUUUAUUUGUCUUUGCAGACCAUCCUUAAAUUGUGCUGUGCUCACAUUUACCAUACAUUUAAUCGGAAUCUGUAGAAGAAAAGGGAAGUCACCUGAAGAAUUAUGAGAAUUAGUUACCUUUGGGGAAAAAGUUCAGACACUCAGCCAUGUUUUAGGUUGAUGGUUUGUCUUUUUUUUUUUUCUUGUUUUGUUUUGUUUUAAUUGGAAGUCUCUGGGUUAGUUGUUAACAUAAACUAAGCCCAUUAGUUAUUUACAUGGUAACAUGAGGAUACUUCCUGUCCUUAAGUGUUUGGUGUUUUACAGUAAUGGAGAGCUGGGGUAAGUCAGACGACUUCGACAGACGUAUUCCAUUGAGUCUUCAUUUCAUCCAGCAACUUGUUUAUGCUGUUCUAAAUCCGCUCAGUUUUUCUUUCUGUAAAGAUCGCCUUUUAAAAUUUACUUAUGUCUCAAAUACAAUAUUUAGACAUUUCCAUGAGUAUAAGGUGGUCCUUGUCAACUUGCUAACAACUACAUUCUGGGCUACCAGCCAGCUUGGCCUUUGUCUUAGCGUUUAUUUAGGCUAGAGUAUGAUAUGUAAACAGAAAAAGACUUUGUAAGCAAAAAGUACGUUUAAGUCAUCUAAAUAAUUAUAUAUUUAAGAAGUCUAAGUGAAAAAGUGUUAUUGAGCUUGAAAAGUUAAGCACCUAGAUAUUAGGAAAUUCCAGAUUAUGUGCAGCAUUAGUUUGAUCCCAGAGUACGUAUUCAGUGCUAAAAACAGGACUUGCUUCUGGGAGGAGAGAAACUGCAUUAAAAAAAAAUAGCUAAAGAUUAUAUUAUUGACUGUACACAAGUGGGCAGAAUUAAGUCUGUUUGGGCCAUUAUGAAGCUAGAAUUUCCUAAUCUUGCUUCAAUUUGCAGUUUAAGUAAUGUUCCUUCAUCGUUUCUUUUAGUUAUGUAAUUUUCCACAUAGCUUUCAAAAAAGAGAGAAAAAUGAUUUGAUUGCAUGAUAGAGUGGUUGUUGCAUUACUGAACCCACAUCACUUGUGCAAGGAUUUCAUCUGAGCUGGGAGCAGAAGAAGAUAAUCAUCUAAAAGCCAACAGGCAAUUUCAUGGAUCACAAAAGAGAUCCACAUGCUGGUCAGGAGGCACGAAGUUCUGCUCAUCCCCUUUCUAGAUGUGAAAGGCGUCCCACUUUUGGGGGAAGAAAGAUGUUAGUGACAGCUUUAGUUUGGUACAGGGAAUGGCAGGACUGGGUUAAAGCAUUAUUUGCCAUCACCUAAGUAAACAGAGAAAAAGUAGUAAUUAGCAAACAGACAGAAUCUACAUAGUGUGUUGGCCAGGCACUGGAAUUAAUUAGUGAUGGAACUGGAUCUCGUGAUUGAGUGAUAAAAAAGUUUCCAUUUCUUUUUAAUUUCUAUGUGAUUUGGUAUGAUUUUACUUUUUUACUUUUUUUUUCUUCCUACAACUUCACUUGCAGCAGGCUUAUGUGAUACCCUUAUUUUUAUAAAUGUAAGAAGCAGAACUGCUGUACAUUGUUAAGCUGAGUUGUCCUCAUUCUGAAGUUUCAGAUGGAAUAAAUGCAAGGUAGCCAUAUACUACUAUAAAACUGGAAACUCUUCUGUAAGUCAGUUCCUGUUUCUGCAUCAUCAUCUGUUUUGCACUGUAUAGUAAUUCAGGUGGGCUACUCACCUGGACACCUCUAAUAUCAGUGGAGAUGUGUGAUCUGUGAGCUGUGAGCAGCUGUGAGGCCUGGCAUAGUUUAGGUUAAUUUAAGGAUCUGUCUCUAUGUCGUGGUAAAAAGGCUACAGCUGACCAAAUACCUUGAUCAAAAAAAAGAAGCAAAAAUAAGAAAAUCACGUUUCCAAUAGUACUGUAGUCUACUUUUGAGGCUAAAUUUCCUUUUGUAGCAUAGAAAACUCACUUUUCACAUCCAGUGGGAGAUUUGUACCCAACAGAUCCCAGUGUUGCUGCAAUCCUAAGAAAGGAUUACCUUGGUGUUUCAAAUUUACCGAGUCUUGACACAGCGCUUUUCAAAGUCACUUGCUCUUUCCUAUUCAUGGUAGGAAAUUUGUCUUUUCAUUCCUUAGGCUGUUUUAGAUUCUGUGUUUGAUAGGAGUAAUUUUUUUGUUAUUGUUGUUCCAAAUGCUUCACCAUUUGAGCAAUUUCAGAUUGUAACAAAUUGUUCAUACUGGUACGUUAAUAAGUGUGUAUUUCAAACAUCUGUCUGACAGAACACAUUUCUUUUGGUUAUGUGGUAGUAUUUUCAAAGCUAUCACUAUUUUUUCAUUUUUCUUUUGGCAAAGAGUAAGAAAAAAGAGCAAUAUUUCUACAGUGUAACUGUAGUCAACUUUGUUUUGUUGGGUUUUGAAUUCAUGUAUGCCUACUUCCUCAGCAGAAACUUCAUGAUUUUUAGAAUAUUUUUUCAUGAGUUAUUUUUUUUUCUGUUCUGUUGUGCAGUAUCUAACUGCAUCCUUCUAAAUUUCUCUUUCCUUAAUGGCCACUCUUAUUUAGGUGGCUUUUGUUUUGUUCUUUUUUUUUUCUAGAACUCAGCUACAAGCUACUUUUACUUAUAGUCACCACUUAUAUUAAGUACCACAAGUUUCUAGAGAUGUUCUCCACUCAGUAUCAAUUACAGGACUUGUUAUAAUGGUAUGUAGUUAAAUUUGACAAUUUGUGGAAUACAAGAAGUCAGAAUUAACAUAGUUUAAGUAUAAAAGUGAUGCUUCAACUUCAUCUUGAACAGCUUCCAUAUCUGCACAUCUAUUUUGCAAACUUGCAAUUAGUAUUUGCUGUCUUUUGUGACUUUGUAACGGUUGGUGCUUUUCUCAGUGUUUCAUCUCUGAGUUCCUGAAUGUAGGACUGCAGGAAUGUAAAUUCCCCUGGUGGUAUCUUGGGUGCAAUCUUAAGGCUUGUAGAGAAGAAAACAAAUUGAAAGUAUGAACAUUUGUUUUAAAAUGAAAUUAUUUUUAAAAGUCCAUCCUGGUAAUAGAGAAAACAGGUUAAGCCCAUCCUGAGAUUUUGAAAGCUUGCCAUAGAAUACUCUGCCGUUACAGCUGUUUCCAACCCCUAGAUAACUUUAUGUUCAUUGUGAAAUUACCAGUUAUCUACAUAGAUUUUAAGAAGCAGCUCAAAAACUAAUGUAUUUUUUUUUUAAGUCUCAUUAUUUUAAUACUUUUUCAUGAUUUUGGAGAUUUGAACAUCUGCUUGUUUUUUGAAACUGGCAGUGCUAUCUAUUUGUUACUAACUUUUGCUUCAGCCAGUAGUCUCUAUGACAUGUGCUGUUAAAGGAAUGAAAAUUUAUCUUUUAUGGUUGUAUCUUGAAUGCGUACCAUCUUAAUUGUAUUCACUGCAUAAGUUGUAUGUUAGAUUAUGUUUUCUGAACAUUCCUACACAUUGCAAUGCAUAAGAUAGAACACUUAUUUGUUAGGGCAGGUAACAAUUUGGUAACAUUGUAUAUAAUCACAUUUAUAUUUUAGUAUAAAUAUAAAUGGA